UGUAAACCCUAGCAUUUCCUUCCUCUUUUUUUUCUCUUAUUCCUAUAUAUCCGCAUUCUUCAAUCUUUCACUUUCUUUGUUUUCAACUUCUUCAUGUAUUUUCUUUUCAGUAGUUAGUACAAAGAUAGAGCUCCUAAUUAGCUACUGUGUGAGAAUAUAAUCAUAGCUUUUCUUGAAGAAAUUAUAAGAAAAUCAAGGUAGCAAAAGUGGAUCAAAUUAGAAAUGGCAAGAGGCCCUUUUCAUCCAAUGAAUCGAAGGAGAAAAAAGAUGAGAUAUUUCCUAAUAUGUACUCUGCAGCUCGAUCUCAGCAAGAUAUGUCUACUAUGGUUUCUGUCCUCUCUCAAGUUAUUGGCAACACUUCUUCUACUGCAGGAAAUACCCUAAGUCAUCUCUCUCUACAAAACCAACCUCAGCCCAAUCUACAACAAGGGAAUAUUGAAAGAAGAAGACAUUAUAGAGGAGUGAGGCAAAGACCAUGGGGAAAAUACGCAGCCGAAAUUCGUGACCCAAAAAAAGCUGCUCGAGUUUGGCUUGGGACUUUUGAAACUGCUGAAGCUGCUGGUAUUGCUUAUGAUGAAGCUGCUCUUAAAUUUAAAGGAAAUAAAGCUAAGCUUAAUUUCCCCGAAAGAGUAUUAGCCAAAACUGAAUUUGGUUACCUUACUACUAAUCCUCAAGAGCAAUUAAUUAAUAUUCCAGCUGCUAAUUUUCUCCCAAAUUGUAAUUUCAAGCCUUUCUCUCAAUUACAACAUUACCCUCAUGAGCUGCUUCGCACUGGCGCUGAUUCAUCAAGAUUUAAUCACAUAUCAGGAUUUGAUCCUGACAUACUGAAUACUGUUGAACUAGCAAACUCAUGGUUAGAUCCGCCACUGUCAAGUACUUCCAUUGCAGACUCGUCGUCGAUGACAUCUUUGGUACAACAGGCAUCUCAUGAUGUACAACAAGCACCAAGUAAUUACCAGCAAGUCGAUGAAAAUAUUGUGAAGUUUUCAUCUCUUUUUGGGAAUAUUUCGAGCUCAAGACCUAGUGAAAGUAGUAAUAAUUGGGAGGAAUUUUACUAUCAAAAGUAAUUCUUUCGACAACAUGAAGGUUUCUUUGUGAUGCCUUUUACUAUCGGCGUAAGUACUUAGUUCCAAGUUUUUGGUUUUCAAAGUAUAAAAUAAUCAAGUGGUAGUUAUGUACUUAUGAAAAUAAAUUUCACGUGGUUUAAUG